UUUUCGGUUCUCUUUCCUCUUCAAUCGCUAUAAAUUAUUAUAAUAAUAACGUAUUACUAUCAUUACUGUUGUGUCCUUAUCUCCGCCGCCGCCACGCCUCGUCGUCCACCGCGGAUGCAUCGUCCGCACCACAUAAUAUUCGAUACGCACCAAAGCUGCUGCUGUUGCUGUUGUCGUCGUCGUCGACACAUGACUGCCGGCCGACAUUACCAGCGGAACGACAARUGCGCGUCCGUCCGUUCGCCGGCGACAAUGACUCAAUAAUAUUGUUAUAAUAUACGAUAUUAUUGAUUUAAGUUCCGUUCCGCGAUUUUUCUUAUCGUUUCUAUUUUUAAAAUUUUUUUUUUUUAUUAAUUAUUUAUUGUUAUUAUUAUUUCAUUUCUGACUUUUCACUCUUAUACUACUCACCCGUAGUCUUACCUCUAUUAUAGAUAACAUUAUAAUAACAAUUAAUAUUAUCGGUGUGAUUUUCUACACGUACCUAAACCUCCCGCAGGAUCUUGAUAUCGUCAUCAAUUCAUCAUCCUCCGCAUGGACGCGGUCCUCGCGGGUGUUGUGUAAAUCACAAACUGUGCGUUAGUGUCGGGUUAGCGAUGAUCUGGUCGGACCGACAAGCAAUAAAAUGAUCGGCAGAUGGAUCGUCGGGUUCGUCGUGUUCGUGGGCUAUCUGUGBCUGGGCGCGUUYGUGUUCUACCGGAUCGAGCGCAAGGAAGAGGAGUUUCAGCACUCCUUGGACAUUAUCGAACGGCUCGAGCUCAAAGAACUGCUCGCGAAACAUUACACGACGAUAAAUGCCCAUGUGCGCAAGCAGUUAGCCCAACAGUUGAACGUGUACUGUAACAAAACAGUGUUGGACGAAGGACCGGAAGAACCGCACCAGUAUCAAUGGACGUACUACAACGCAUUUUUUUUCGCGCUGACCACGCUGAGUACGAUCGGUUAUGGAAAUUUGCACCCGACUUCCGGUACCGGACGCAUACUGGUGUUGGUGUACUCGUUGAUCGGCAUCCCUCUCAACGGUAUUGUGUUGACGCAACUGGGAAGCUUUUUCGAAUCCAGAAUUCUUCGAGCUCAUUACAGCUACAAGACGCAACGGAUGAUGGGACCCCAACUGAGCCUCAUCCUGGACAUAGUAACAUACCUGAUACCCGGAAUAAUUGUCUUCAUCUUCCUCCCGGCUGGACUAAUAUCCUAUUGUGAAGACUGGACGUUCGACGAGAGCGUAUACUUUACAUUUGUCACAUUGACCACCAUUGGCUACGGAGACUACGUUGCCGGGCAGAAAGUCAACAUAGGAAUAUGGUACGAUGCGUACAAGGUGUUUCUGGUGUUUUGGAUUAUGUUCGGUCUUGGUUAUCUGUUCAUGAUACUCAGCUUCAUAUCGAGGGCGAUGCGGUCGAAGACGCUCGAACACCUGUUCUUGGAACGGCUCAAGCAAACCCAUUCGAAAAUCUGGCACCAGUUCACCAAGGACGUCGUUUACAUCAGACGCGUGCUCAAUGAGUCAUACCUGUUGAAGUUUAAACCGGUGUACAAGAAAGAGGCGCUAUCACGCGAUCAACCGCUGAGGCGGAGCCGGAGCGCGCCGAACCUGACUGAGUGGCCAGUGUUGUGCAAGGUACCRGUGGCAGCUCCUGUGACGCGCCGGACGUCCGACGACGAGGAUGAGGAGACGGUGCGCCAGCGGUUCGAGAAGCACCGGAUGAAACGCCGGCGGGCMCUGUCGCAGAACAAAAUGCGAUCKCUGCUCCGGCGCACCAAGGCCACGUCCGARAUCGACUUGGCGCACAUCGACAAAGAGGCCACGUUCGGCGCCGACAUAGCGUCUUACGAGAUCCUGUCYCGGGUGGUCGACGCGCUGGAGACGGCCGUUCCCAACCAGCAGGGUGAGCACCAGCAACCCACCCAUCACCAUCACAUGCAUCCAGAUGUUACAAAUUCGAGCAAGAAAAAAGCGAUGUCGUUCUCGGAGGGUGUGCAAGGGUUCACGAAACAGGACAUUCUGGCCAGCGAAAAGAACGAAUGGACAGUCGGCGGCGACAUGCUGAACAGGGAAAACCCUUUCGGGGCCAAACACAGGAAUUCGUAUUUCGAGUACGACACGUGGGGUGGAGGAGCAGACGACCAAAAUUUUAAAAAAUUCAACGAUUACACGAAACACGGCAAUGGUGGCCAGAACAAGCCGCGGGUACCGAAGCUGCGUCGCAUGUCAGCGGCCGCGUUCAACUUUCUGUCCAACAACAUCGCACCAAAGUGGUUUGCCGAGAAGUUGGCCGACGGCAGUGGUGGCGGCGGCGGUGGUCAUUCCUGGAACAACGAUCCCAGACAUAGACUGUCUCUGAACGACGACCAGGGUUACGGUUACGGGUCUACGACGUCUACAUACAACGGUACGGCGCCGAUCAACCGCAGCAGCGUACCGGUGCAGUAUCACCACCGCUGGUCACACGGUCCGCAAGUGGUGCACGACCCGCAUGUGUACGGAUCGUCGGCACCCGAACACCCGCGACACCGGCGGCUGUCCAGUCCGGACCCGGUGCUCGCGCACUGCGCCAACACCAUCGCCGUGGCUGACUUUUUGAUGACGUUGCAACGGUCACUGGACAGUUCGUCCGUCACCGGAAAACAGCCACCGCUGUCGUCCGGAACGCACCAUGUCACCAACCGGCCGGUGGUAACCGGCGGCGGAUUUGCUUCCGUUAUCCGGCACGAACGUCGGUCACCGCUUUUCACGUUGUUCCAGGACCGGCCGCGGCGGUCGUCCGGCGAAUCGUGGCAGUACUCGUCGCUGACGUCCAUCGUAUCGUCCACGUCGUCUACGGUAACCAACGCGACGACGACGCCGGCCACCGACGCCGGUACCAUAAACGCGGUCCACGAACAGCCUGCGGUAGCAGCCACCGCGAGGAGGUCGAAGAAGAAGCGCACCAGACGGUUCUCGAUAAGGCCGACAGUGGGAACGACCGAACCAAACGGAAGUGUCCGGUGUUGGACGACGACCGAAACCAACAACACCACCACCUGUGGUACCGCCGACGACUCCGCCCUCAAAGGAAGAGUAGGUGCACCGGGGCAGGGUGCAGGACAUAUAGGAGCCGGCGCAGGAGAUUUCCGGCUGAACAUCGAAGACUGACG